AUGUCCGCGCCGGGCGCGGCGGGGGGCAGCGGCAGGAGUGGCACCGCGGCCGACUGGGGUGGUUUCGAGGACAGUAUGCAGGGUGGCGGCUCCGCCGUCAUCGACAUGGAGAACAUGGACGACACGUCGGGCUCCAGCUUCGAGGACAUGGGGGAGAUGCACCAGCGCAUGAAGGAGGAGGAAGAGGAGGAGGCGGAGGGCGAUGCAGGGGCAGCAGAGGAGGAAGACGGCGAGUUCCUGGGCAUGAAGGGACUGCGAGGGCAGCUGGGCCGGCAGGUGGCUGACCAGAUGUGGCAGGUGGGGAAGAGGCAAGCCUCUAGGGCUUUCAGCCUUUACGCCAACAUCGACAUCCUCCGGCCCUACUUCGAUGUGGAGCCCAUCCAAGUGCGAGCCAGACUGCUGGAGUCCAUGAUUCCUGUGAAGAUGAUUAAUUUUCCACAGAAGAUCGCAGGCGAGCUGUACGGACCCCUCAUGCUGGUUUUCACACUGGUGGCCAUACUUUUGCAUGGGAUGAAAACUUCGGAUACCAUAAUUAGGGAAGGCACACUGAUGGGCACAGCCAUUGGCACAUGCUUUGGUUACUGGCUGGGUGUCUCCUCUUUCAUCUAUUUCUUGGCAUAUCUGUGCAACGCCCAAAUCACGAUGGUGCAGAUGCUAUCACUGUUGGGCUAUGGUCUUUUUGGACAUUGCAUCACUCUCUUUGUCACUUACAAUAUCCACUUCCACUCCCUCUUCUAUAUCUUCUGGCUGGGUGUUGGUGGACUUUCUACACUACGAAUGGUUGCUGUGUUGGUGUCACGCACUGUGGGGCAUACCCAGCGGCUCAUCCUGUGUGGGACCCUUGCUGCUCUGCACAUGCUUUUCCUCCUCUACCUGCACUUUGCUUAUCACAAGGUGGUAGAAGGUAUCCUGGACACAUUAGAAGGACCCAACAUGCCACCCUUUCAGAGAGUUGCCCGAGACAUUCCAGUUGGUUCCAAUGCUGUAUUGAACACAACAGCCAAAGCCACUGCAUUGACCCUGUAGUUCCACAGACUUGGACUUCACUACUUUUGAGGCUGCAUAGGGCUGUAAUAACCUGCUGCCUCUUAGGAACAGGACAGAAUAGCAAGAAGACUUGGUUUGUUUUCCUGGACCUUUCCUUUGGGUUGUAGUUUUGGGCAGCUGAGUGGACUGCACCUCAGUGACUCAGAAGAACUAUGCUUUUCUCCCAUUCAGGUCUAGGCUGUCUUGAGUAGAGUUGCCUGUAUGUUUAGCUGGGAUUUUCCCAGUGCAGUUUCUCCCUUACUUCUCUUUCUGCUUGCUGAUGUAAUUCCAGGGGUGCCUGCUCUGUUCUUGUCCUGAAGAGGGAAGAAUUAAAUUGAUGUUGGUGCUGAGUGAUAUCUUACUUGAGUAACAGAAGACCGGUAUUGGGUCUUUACACCCUUAGUCCUGUCCUGGACUCAA